UAAUUUUGAUGAGACAAUGUCGUAUCAAAAUUCACCGUUUUCAACGAUGUACACCCAAGAAGAUUAUGACAUCGACGAAGAUAAUGAGGAAUACGUCGAGGAAGAUCGUGAUGCGGAGGAACAGGACGAUAGCGAUGAAGACACGGAAGAAGCUAGCGAGACCGACAUGGGAAAAUCCGAGGAAUAUACGGAAAUAAAAGAACAGGUAUAUCAAGACAAAUUAGCCAAUUUAAAGAAGCAGUUGCAACAACUAAAGGAUGGCACUCAUCCGGAAUAUAAUCGCAAACUAAAACGCUUAGAGGCACAAUACAAAGAGAGGUUGCGCCUCAAUAUAAUCUAUAGAGAUUAUUUAACAGAAUGGGUCGAGAGAGAUUACAUACUUGAGAAGAAAGCAGCCGCUAAAGAAUUUGAGGAAAAGAAAAUAGAUUUGAAAGAAAACUUACUGACUGACAUGGAAGAGAAAAGGAAAAUGAUAGAAUCUGAUCGUCAUACAAUGGAACUUACGGGGGAUUCGAUGGAGGUAAAGCCUGUAAUGACGAGAAAAUUACGUAGACGGCCAAAUGAUCCAGUACCUGAAAAAGUUGAAAAACGUAGAAAGCCACCUCCUGCACAAUUGAACUAUCUAUUGGAUGAAAAAGAAAUAGAAAGUGAUUUGAAGGCUAUUAGUCGGGGUAAAAUUUUAACGACAAUAAGGAAACCAGUAGUGCUACCGCAUUACAACACGGUAAAUAUACAAUCUCAACAUAUUUCGCCGUCUACCGACGCAUCUCUAGUGGAAACAAGGAUAGAAGGCGGAAAACUCUUAUACGAAAGAAGAUGGUUCCAUCGUGGACAACCGGUAUAUGUAGAGGGACAAGACUUGACAAGAUUUGCAGCAAACAUAUCAGCGAUCGGGACAGAAGCUAUAUGGGUGAAAAAAAUCUCGGAUGGAAGCAAAGUCAGGAUUUACAUAUCACAACUGAGCCGUGGCAAGAUUUCUAUAAAACGCCGAGCAGCGUGACUCUUCAAUGGCAUUCGCAUAUAUAUGCAUAUCUAUGCAUGCGUGUAUGUAUGUAUGUAUGUAUGUAUGUAUGUAUACGUAUGUUUGUAUAUAUACCGCUCUAUGAUUUUAAUUGUCAAAUAAUGAUCAAACUUGUGAUAUAUUA